UACGUGUUACUACGUAACACGUCACAUGGCUCAACUUCCUAAGAAGUCGGACAUUUUGAGAUCAUCGAGUGGCAGAUAAGCUAAUUUUGAUCUUUAUUUAAACCUUAAAUGUAAUCUGAUGUGUUCAGGUUUAAACUCAGGUUCAGUUAUUGAGUGAAAACACCAACAGACUCAGACAUUUAGAACAAACUAAGAGUCAGAUCAGCAGAAACAGAGAACACGGACAUGUCUGCUGUAACUGCGUCACUCUGCUCCACGCUGAUGUUUGUCCUGUUCGUCUCUGCAGACCAGAAAAACAUCACAGCUGAGUCUGGACAGGACGUCACUCUGACAUGUCGAGCUCCAAACAACAACAUCAUCAGUUUAGAGUGGAACAGAACUGACCUGGGAGAUAAAUAUGUGCUUUUGUACCGGGAUGGUCACUUUGUUCCAGAUGACCAGCAUCCAUCUUUUAAGAACUGGGUGGAUCUGCAGGACAGACAGAUGAAGGAUGGAGACGUGUCUUUGAUUCUGAAGGAUGUGACGAUUAAUGACACUGGAACAUACAAGUGUGGUGUCGUCCAGAAAGAACCAAACCAAGAGAUACCCAGAUUGAAUCCCAUCAACAGCACCUACCUUCAUGUUGUUCCUCCAGGUCAGACAGGAGGACAAGAGAAGGAUGGAGGCAACAAAGAUGGAGGAAAGGAAGACAGAAGGAAGGAGGAUGGAUCUGUUGGACUGAAAGUUGGUCUGACAGUUUCUGCGGUGCUUCUUCUUGUUGUUGCUGUUGUUGGUUUCUUUAAGUGCAGAAAAAAGAAACUGAAUCCUGCUGAUCCACGUGAAGCAGAGCAUCUUCAGCCUGAUUACCAGAAAAACUUCACAGCUGAGUCUGGACAGCGAACGGAAGGACCUGUGACUCAAGCCAGCAGCACCAAACUUCAUGUUGUUGAUCCUCCAGAUUCAGUAACACUAGCUAGUGGUGGAGGUCAGCAGCUAGCAUGA